AUGGAGGCUCUCACACUCUUCAGCUAUUCUCUUCUCUUUAUGACGUGCUAUGCGCUCGUUAAAAGGCAAUUUCGCCGAUUUAAAAUCGCGAAGAAAGAUGAUCUUUAUAUCAUGAUAACAGGGUGUGACUCUGGCUUCGGUAACCUACUAGCAAAAAAACUAGACAACCUCGGUAUGAACGUAUUUGCCGGCUGUCUUACAAAAAAGGGAAGCGAGGAUCUGAGAAAAGCAACAUCUAACAGAGUUGUCACCAUCGACCUCGAUGUUACCAAUAACGAAAGUAUCACUAAGGCUUACGAGGAGGUGAAGAACAGACUUCCCCGACACAAAGGUCUAUGGGGCCUUGUUAACAAUGCUGGUGUAUUCGGGCAGAGUUGUUACGUUGCCGCCGAUUGGUUAAACAUCGAAGAAUAUAAAUCUGUGAUGGCUGUCAACUUAUACGGAACCGUCGAAGUGACGAGGAUAUUCCUGAAUUUGAUCAGGAAGGAGAAAGGUCGAAUUGUCAACACAACAAGCGUGUCGGGUAGAGUGGCUAUAGGCGGUGCACCGUAUGUUUGUUCUAAAUACGCCGCGGAGGGUUUUGCUGAUACUUUGAGGACAGAACUUUGGAAAUCGGGUGUCUCCGUCCAUAUAAUUGAACCAAGUGGUUACAAAACUAAUUUCUGUUCCGGAGAGGGUAUUAUAGAAAACAUAUGGAAAUGUUAUCGGGCACUUGAUCCGGAGAGAAUGGCAUAUUACGGAGAAGAAUUUGUUCGAAGAUUAACGACGAGUCUGGAUUUCGAUGGCAAUAUGUCUUCAAAUCUGAACGAGGUGAUUGAAGCUUAUACGCAUGCGCUGACUGCUCGCUUCCCUAAGGCCCGUUACGUGGUAGGAUGGGAUGCCAACACACUCUACCGAUUUCUAUGGACAGCCCCGGAAUGGUUGUGUUCGUUUCUUCUCAGUAGAUCAUGGCCAACUCCUCAAGGUGUGAAAGUACAACAUAGAUGA